AUGGAGAAAAGACAGCACAAAAAGAUGUCUUGCAUGAGGAAGAAAGUAGGAAAUGCUGCAAUAAAAACAGUCACUUUGAACGUCAAUGAGGAAACCGUGGAUGUGUUUGAAGGUGGAGCUGGUGCAAUUUCUCUGAAGCCGUUUAGUACUCAAAGGAUAUUUCUCUUGCCAGAUAAUCUCUUGGGAAUAUCCUGGGUUGAUAGCUCCUGGAUUCCAAUACUGAACAAUGGCAGCGUGCUGGACUAUUUCUCAGAGCGAAGUAACCCGUUCUAUGACCGAACAUGUAACAAUGAAGUUGUCAAAAUGCAGCGGAUGACCCUGGACCAUUUGAAUCAAAUGAUUGGAGUGGAAUAUAUUCUUCUUCAUGCUCAAGAGCCCAUUCUCUUCAUUAUCCGCAAGCAGCAAAGGCAAUCUCCAACACAAGUUAUUCCGUUGGCUGACUACUAUAUUAUUGCUGGUGUGAUUUAUCAGGCACCUGACUUGGGGUCUGUCAUUAACUCCAGAGUUCUCACUGCAGUGCACGGAAUUCAGUCUGCUUUUGAAGAAGCUAUGUCCUACUGUCGUUAUCACCCCUCCAAAGGCUAUUGGUGGCAUUUCAAAGAUCAAGAGGAACGAGAGAAGGCUAAACCAAAAGCCAAGAAGAAAGAAGAACCAAGUUCUAUUUUCCAAAGGCAAAGGGUAGAUGCUUUACUUCUAGACUUGAGACAAAAGUUUCCACCUAAAUUUGUUCAGCAAAAGCCUGGAGAAAAGCCCAUCCCAGUGGAUCAAAUCAAGAAGGAACCAGAACCAGCCCCUGAAGCUAUCAAGCAAGAGGAGAAAGAGACUGUAAAGAAUACUCAGCAGAGUGCUGGCACUAAAGGACCUCCUGAAAAACGAAUGAGACUGCAGUGAAGGAAGUUGUUGCACCUCUGCAUUAAAUCAGUACCUGGAAGUCUACAGGAGAUUCUUGUUCCCUUUCCUUAAUAUUUAAGCUCUUCACCAACACUGUGGAAAUUUAUGUAAUGGAUUCCCUGUAACAACUCUUUUUCUGUAGAAACCUGUUACAGAACUGUCAAUGGCAGGAUGUGAGCUGCUUCAGAGAAAGUGUUUUUGGUUUUCAUUCUGGUUUGCCAGUUGACUUCCAAGAAUGGUUUUUACAUUGAGGUAUAUUUUUGCAGCCUCCUGAAAUCCUUACAAUCCUUUGUGUCUUGGUUUCCUGCGUUAAAAAGAAAA